CCAAUCAAUUUAAAAAGAACAAAGACUUCCAACAUUUCACCACCUUUAUCAAAUUAAAAAAAUUAUUGUAGCAAAUAAUUGUUUAAAAAAUUCUUGACCAGCCACUAAUAAUUGGUCGUGAGUUGUUGCUUAUAAACAUGAUCAAUAAAAAUUUUAAAAACACUAAAUAAUUUCUCUCCCACGAGACAAAGACAAUCAAACAAAAACUCUAAUUUAUUUUUUAAACCCACCAACCGAAGUCAUACACCUUCUCACAUGAUCAAGCGUCACAUUUUUUCCUCAACUCCCUCACUAUACUCCAGCUACGGACCUAGCUUACCUGCUCCCUUUCAAGUUAUACAUAUCUCAUUUUUCAAUUCAAAUUUUCUGACAAUCUUCCAAAUACUUAUUCAACUCUUUAAUGAACCCAAUUUGUUGACCCCAUCAAACCCUUUUAUUCUCUUACAAUUUGUAUUUACACUUAUCAUUGUACCCUUUCUUAAAAAAAAAAACAACCCGCAAAUCGAACGCACCAAACCGAACCCGAGAAAAGCUGACCAAAUAAUUCCGGAAUGCAGAAAGUAAAAGUAGAAGAUGAAAAGCCAUUGUUGGGUUUAGAAGUUGAAAACCAGAAGAAGCAGAAAUUAAGCUUAGUAAGAGAAUUCAGUGACGAAUCUAGAAAUUUAUGGGAAAUUGCUGGACCAGCAAUCUUCACAGCUGUAUGCCAAUACUCAAUGGGUGCUCUCACUCAGACGUUUGCUGGUCUUGUCGGAGACCUUGAGCUCGCCGCUUUCUCCGUCGAAAACUCUGUCAUCUCCGGUCUUGGCUUCGGUGUUAUGCUCGGAAUGGGAAGCGCAUUGGAGACAUUAUGUGGGCAAGCAUAUGGCGCGGGGAGGCUCAAGAUGAUGGGUAUUUAUAUGCAGAGAUCAUGGGUUAUUUUACUAGCUACUGCUUGUUUGCUCACCCCACUUUAUACUUACUCUCCUUACCUUCUUCAACUUUGCGGGAAUACGCCCGAAAUCUCUCAAGCUGCCGGGAAAUUUGCUUUCUGGAUGAUACCUCAACUGUUUGCCUAUGCAUUCCAUUUCCCUAUACAAAAAUUCUUGCAAGCACAGAGGAAAGUGUUUGUGAUGGCAUUGGUGUCCGCUAUUGUAUUGGUGAUCCAUGUGACCUUCAGUUGGCUAUUUAUGCUGAAGUAUGGUUGGGGCUUGGCAGGCGCAGCUGUUGUGCUCAAUGCGUCUUGGUGGCUGAUUGUCAUCUUGCAGCUUAUCUACAUUUUCGUCACAAAGUCAGAUGGUGCUUGGAGUGGAUUCUCAAUGUUGGCAUUUGCUGAUUUAUGGGGUUUUGUGCAGCUCUCCUUGGCAUCUGCUGUGAUGUUAUGCUUGGAGUUUUGGUACUUGAUGGUGCUAGUGGUUAUUGUCGGUGUUCUUCCCGACCCCUUGAUACCUGUUGAUGCCAUUUCCAUUUGCAUGAACCUACAAGGUUGGGAUGCAAUGAUAGCAAUUGGUUUCAAUGCUGCCAUCAGUGUAAGAGUAUCCAAUGAACUUGGAGCUGGUAAUUACAGACAGGCGAAGAUCUCAGUAACAGUAGUUUCUGUAACUUCAGUAGCCAUAGGAUUUAUUGCCAUGUUUGUGGUUCUUGCAACUAGAGAUACGUUCCCUUACCUUUUUACGGCAAGCGAUGCUGUAGCCAAGGAAACUACAAGGAUUUCAAUCUUAUUGGCAUUUACAGUUCUUCUCAACAGCCUUCAACCAGUCCUAUCAGGGGUUGCUAUUGGAGCAGGAUGGCAAUCACUUGUCGCAUACAUUAAUAUUGCCUGCUACUAUUUCUUUGGGCUCCCUGCUGGCAUUAUUCUUGGAUUCAAAUAUGGAUACGGAGGAAUGGGAGUUUGGGGAGGAAUGAUUGGCGGAAUUUGUUUGCAAACUGUGGUUUUGGUAGUUGUUACAGCUUUCACAAAUUGGAAAAAGGAAGCGGAUGAAGCAGAGAGUAGAGUCAGAAAAUGGGGAGGAUCAGCAGCAUUUGACUGAUUAUAGGCAUUACAAAGGGAUAUACUGUGCGAAAACUCAUGUUUAAAGGCAGGUGAUGGCCAUUUAAGCUGCAAUCGCUUCCAUAAUUGAUCGAAAAACAUGGCCAUUGUCUGAUAUAAUGAAAUUAAGGUUAACACAGGCAGGGAAACAUCUUCCUAGCUAGUCUGUUUGAUUACAUAUGGCUUAAAACCAUUAUAGGUGUUACACUCAAAAAAUGAGAAGUGUUGAAAGUUGUCAUACUACAGUUUAAAUGGUGAAUAUUUAUGAAGUCCACUAGAAUUUUUUAUUUUUAAUUUAAUUUUUGUUUUUUUUAUUUAUUUUUGUUGUACAAAAAUUAUUGUGGAAUUUUUGACUCAGUAGUGUAAAAUUGGAUGAAGGCUAUAUGAUGGUAUACUUGUGAUUUUGGGAUCACCAAUGUAAAUUGAUCCUCUCAAAUAAUUAUAUCCAUACAAUAUGCAAUGUCAUUUUCAGUCUUUCA